AUGACCCGGUUGGCCGUGACUCGUGCGCUGCGGAGUGUUCCCCGGGCCACCAUCUUAUCGAGACCACAGCUCCCCAGAACCCCAUCUUUCAGGAACAGGGCUCCCCCUUCUUUGGCCAACUACACCCGCCGCAACCUAUCAACAACCGCUCGCCGUUUAAGUGACAAAGACGAAGACGAAGACGAGAGAAAAUGGUCAACUCCUCUGGCAAAACAGCUGGCUGAGGCCAUCACGGCAACCGGGCCAGUGCCGCUAGCCAGCUUCAUGCGCAUGUGCCUAACUGGCGACAUUGGUGGUUACUACACGGGCGCCAUUGAGAAAUCCGAGCAGAACCGUGACCAGUUCGGUGCCGCAGGCGACUUCGUUACGUCGCCUGAGAUCUCCCAAGUCUUUGGUGAGCUUUGCGGGCUGUGGUAUGUCACCGAAUGGCUGGCCCAAGGACGGCCGAGUAAAGGGGUCGAACUCAUCGAAGUCGGCCCCGGUCGUGGUACUUUGAUGGAUGAUAUGCUUCGGACAAUACAAAACUUCCCAGAGAUGGCUAAGAGCAUCGAUGCUGUUUACAUGGUCGAGGCCAGUCCCCAGCUCAGAAUUGCCCAGAAGAACCUGCUAUGCCGAGAGGAUGCCGCCAUGAGCGAGUCCAAGGUCGGAUAUCACAGUCACUGCAAGUACGGCAACAUUCCCAUCGUCUGGACGGAGACCAUCAAGUCCAUUCCCUAUGACCCCGAAAAAACCCCCUUCAUAAUGGCCCACGAAUUCUUCGACGCCCUCCCCAUCCACGCCUUCCAAUUAGUCGAAGUCCAUCCCUCGUCUUCCGAUUCCGCUCCCGCCUCCUCCCCCGUAGCGAAAAUCACUACCACAUCCGGUCCCAAAACAUUCAAAAAGCCCUCCUCCGACACGCCAGGUGGUUCCACCCUCGAAUGGCGCGAACUCCUCGUCUCCCCCACCCCUCCCUUUUCCACGCACUCUUCCCUCCGCACCCCCACCUCUCAAAACCCUCACCUCACCCCUCCCCCGGAUUUCCAACUCACCUUAUCCCCCUCACCCACGCGCCACUCCCUUUAUCUCCCGGACCUUUCCCCCCGGUACCGCGCCAUCAAAUCCUCCUCCGCCUCCUCUUCCUCUUCUACCACCUCCCAGUUACCCGACGGCACUUCCCGAGGUGGCGGCCCCGGUUCCCUAAUCGAAAUCUCGCCAGACACAUACCUCUUCGCGACGGACUUCGCCACCCGCAUAGGCGGCUCCCCCUCGCAUCCCAAGGCUCAACCCCGCGGCGCCGCUUUGAUAUUAGAUUACGGCCCCGGCGACGGGAGCGUGCCGGUGAACUCGCUAAGGGGUAUCAGGAAACAUCACCUCGUCAGUCCCUUCGCGGAGCCAGGUCUUACGGACUUGAGCGCGGACGUGGACUUUAGCGCGAUAGCGGAGGCGGCGGUGAAUGCGAGUGAAGGGGUCGAAGUACACGGGCCGGUGGAGCAGGGGUGGUUAUUGGAGGGGAUGGGGGGUAGAGAGAGGGUUGAGAGUUUGGUUAGGGCUGGAUUGCAGACGAAAAAAGGGGAUGAGGAAAAGGAAAAGUUUGUCGAGGAUUUGAGAAGGAGUUGGGAACGGCUGGUGGAUCGGGGACCGAAUGGGAUGGGCAGGGUAUAUAAGGCUUUGGCGAUCGUGCCAGAGAAUGAUGGGCGGAGGAGGCCGGUUGGGUUUGGGGGGGAUGUUGUUAUGUAG